UCCAUCCCCAAUUUCUCCCCCACCCCUUCCACCUCCUCCCACGAUUCGCCCAUCUCCCAAACCCUCGCGCCCCGAUCGAUCCCCUUUCUCCCUCCCCCACCCCCUCUCCUCUUCCCCGUACGAAUCUCCGCGGCUCCACGUGAUCCGUCUUCAUCUACUCCAUUCGAUCGGUUCUCGGGAGGGGAGUGGAGGCCUCUCCGGGUCGGAUUCUAGGGUUUUGCUUGGUGCGAUUGGGCGUCGGAAGAGGUGUUUUGUGGGGGAUUGGUCCGGGUAUUGCGGCGCCGGAUUCGAGCAUUUGGAAACCCUAGAUCUGGGACUUCGUAAGGGGUUGGGUUUCAUCGAUCGGGAUCCGUGAAGAUGUUUUGGCGUAUGACGGGAUUGUCCACGGCUUCGCCGGUGGAUGCUAUUUUAGACAAGGAAAACUUUAAGUUGGAAGAGCUUCUCGACGAGGACGAGAUAAUUCAAGAAUGCAAAGCGCUGAACACUCGACUUAUCAAUUUUUUGCGAGACAGGCCCCAAGUGGAGCAAUUACUUCGAUAUAUUGUGGAAGAGGCUCCGGAUGAUGCCGAAAAGAAACGGACAUUCAGGUUUCCUUUUAUAGCAUGUGAAAUAUUUACCUGCGAAGUUGACAUCAUUCUAAGGGCUUUAGUAGAGGAUGAAGAGCUGAUGCAUUUAUUGUUCUCGUUCCUGAAACCUGAUCACUCGCAUAGCACAUUACUGGCUGGCUACUUUAGUAAGGUCGUAAUAUGUCUGAUGUUGCGAAAGACAGGUCAGCUUGUUAACUAUGUUCAGGGACAUCCAGAGAUAAUUAGCCAACUUGUUGAUCUCAUUGGCAUCACAUCUAUCAUGGAGGUCUUGAUUCGAUUAAUUGGAGCUGAUGAAAGUAUGUAUUCCAACUAUGCGGAAGCGAUGCAGUGGUUGGAAGAUACAAAUGUUCUGGAAAUGAUUGUUGACAAGUUCAGCUCAUCGGAUUAUCCUGAAGUGCAUGCCAAUGCUGCAGAAAUACUUUGUGCUAUUACUAGAUAUGCCCCUCCAGCCCUUGCUGCUAAGAUUUGCAGCCCAAGUUUUGUUGAGAGAUUAUUUCGCCAUGCUCUUGAAGAUUCAAGACCUAAGUCGGUGCUCGUUCACUCUUUGUCAGUAUGCAUAUCCUUAUUAGAUCCCAAGAGACUAGUAUCUGCUUCCUACCAAGCAUUUCGAAGUCCUUUAAGUCAUGGAACAUUGGUUACUGUUAGUCCAGAGACAGUCGAUGGCAUGCUGGAGAGUCUAGAGUAUCAUAUUGCAGGUGGCUUGCUGAAGUUAUUGGACGUUUCCUCUGCUGAUAGUAUAUUGCCCACCACAUACGGGAAGUUGCAGCCUCCCCUUGGAAAGCAUCGUUUGAAGAUUGUGGAGUUCAUAUCUGUUUUGCUGUCAAUUGGUAGCGAAGCUGCUGAAACGCAACUGAUUCGGCUAGGAGCCCUAAGACGCGUUAUAGAUUUGUUCUUUGAGUACCCUUUCAAUAACUUUUUGCAUCAUCAUGUGGAGAACAUUAUUGUUUCGUGUUUAGAGAGUAAGAGGAAUGUGCUAAUUGAGCAUGUUCUAAAUGACUGUAACAUUGUUGGCAAAAUUCUUGAAGCAGAGAAGCAACCUACGUUACAGAGUGAUUCCACUAAGCCUACAGUUCGUUCAGAGGGAAAAUCACCUCCAAGAAUUGGAAACGUUGGUCACAUGACACGCCUAGCUAACAAGCUUAUUCAGUUGGGAAACAACAACUGCACUAUUCUGACACACUUGCAGCAAAAUAGUGAAUGGGUUGAUUGGCAUACCAAUGUGCUGCUCAAACGCAAUGCGGUGGAAAAUGUUUAUCAAUGGACUUGCGGCCGUCCAACAUCACUACAGGAUCGAGGUAAGGAUAGUGAUGAUGAAGAUUUCCGCGACAGGGACUAUGAUGUGGCAGCACUUGCUAAUAAUUUGAGCCAGGCAUUUAGAUAUGGCAUUUACAAUAACGAUGAUUUUGGUGAGGCUCAAGGAUCAAUUGAACGAGAUGAUGAGGAUGUUUAUUUUGACGAUGAAUCUGCUGAAGUUGUUAUUUCCUCUCUGCGCUUGGGGGAUGACCAGGAGGGUGGCUCUCUCUUUACGAAUUCGAAUUGGUUUGCGUUCGAGGAAGACAGAGCGGCUAAUGAUCGUUCGAUCGGCUCUCUUGCUUCGCCGUCUCCCAACUCUGGCGGAACCUCACCAAGUAUAGACGAAGCGGACGAAAUCGUUCUUGGCCAAAGCGACAAAGUGGUUGCCACACCAGCACCUUUGCCAGCGUCUGACUCUGAAACCUCUCAAGGAGCAGCAGCCGGAGACACUGCUUUGCCGAAUGGUCCUGUCGAGGAGCUUGAAGAAGAUUCCAGACAAUCUAGUUCAAACACAGAUGAAAAGCCACCAGAGCAGGUCGAGUGGAGAGAGGAACUGGAUUCAGGUACUUCACCCGAGACCGGUAAGGACCAGGUCCCUGAUGUUCGAGACGGCGAGGUUGAAUUAGAGAAAGAUAAAAAUAGCAUAAACGAGGACGCAUCCAAUACCGUCAAUAAUUUACCAGAAUCAGGAGAGGAAAAGGAAAGAUCAGAGAACGAGAGUUCUGAAGAUCUGCCCGGUUCUCAUAAUGAUGGUCAACGUGCUGAUUUACUGGAAACUACUGAAACCGGUAAAACUGAAAUUGAUUCGGACACACAGUCUAGUGAAGUUCCACUCCAGGAAGCAGACCUUGAAAAUAAGGCUGUUGAGAGUGCUGGUAAGUGAAUAAGAUUUCUCUGCAAUGAUUUAUAAUUGGAUCUCGUGGUGUGGCUGCCUAGUCGAGACUGGGGUGGCCCUAUACAUCUUGGAAGAAGGCUUCCUGUGUUCUAAGGGCUAAUGUGUUAAUUCUGGUGGCCAUGGUUUAAGGUCACCGCUGUACAAAUGAGUGACCCCACUAUCCUAGAAAAAAACCGACGAAAUCCCCGAAACCUUUUCUUUUAUAUAAAUUAUUUUACCUUUUCAUCUUUUCUUUCCCUUUCUUUUUUGCCCUUUUUGAGAUUGAUUGGUGCCAACCUCAUUUGGCAGGUUGUGUAGUAUUUGUACUACUGGUACUCUAGUUUGUUAGCUACGCCUUUUGACGCAGAAAAUGUAUAAACUAAAACAGCUUUUCUUCUUGAUUUCAUCCUCCAUAGGCGAUAGGCAUCUCGCCUCUCAAGUUGUUCUGCCGAAUUAAGCCCUAACAAUCUGAAAUGUGGCUUCUGACGUUGUCUUGUUAUUAUUGUUGUUGUUAUUAUUAUUUUCUUUAUUUAUUAAUGUUGUUAUCUUUUA